AGGAAUUCAAUUUUAUGAAUGAUCAUAAUCAGCAUCAUAGAGAUGGAAUUGUUAAUUUGGCAAGUGAACGAUUGGGUAAUGUUGGUUUAUUAACGGGUAAUAGAAUUAUGGAGUCAAGUGAGUUUAGGAAUCCUAGUUUAGGAACUGUACAACGUACAAGUCCAAAUGUUGAAGCUAAUAUCAAUAAUAUUGCCGUUGAUGGCAGACGGCAUUUAUUGAAUUCGAUUGAUUUGACGCAAAAUAUUUCGGCGCUUCCUAAUCGAUUGCAAAUUAAUAUACAUCAGCAACAGCCACAACAGCAACAACAAACAACUUCGUUUACUAUUGAUGCUAUUUUGGGCAAAAAUAACCAGAGGGAAAAAUAUCAGAGAUGCUCGACGACGAUGAGGAAAAAUUCUAGACAAGAGUGCCAUCAAGAGUUAAAAAAUAAUCCAGUAUCGUCAUGCUCACGAGUUGUCAAUGAUUUAAAUUUAAAUAAUCCUGGAAAAACGAAACGUGUACGGACAAUAUUCACCGCUGAACAAUUAGAACGACUUGAAGGAGAAUUCGCUCGUACUCAGUAUAUGGUUGGUCCAGAAAGACUUUAUUUAGCUCACUCAUUGCGUUUAACUGAAGCUCAAGUUAAAGUUUGGUUUCAAAAUCGUCGCAUUAAGUGGCGUAAAGUUCAUCAUGAACAGCAAACGCAACGUGUUAAUGAAUUAAGACAACGUUCAUUGUCCUCAUUAGAAGACGAUGAUUGUAAAGAACCUUCUGAAGCUGGUGAGUGGUGAGAAAUCGUAACCAAUA